AUGAAAAAGACUGUUCCGAUUAUUAAGCAGCAGGAAAAGAAUGUGUGGAAGCCCAAGGAAAAACUACCUUUAGAAUCUGAACCAUUGAAUCAGAAUAUUUCUUCUUCUUCAGGGUUAACAGAAGCUGAAAAGGGCACGAUUCCAAUCAAUUUGAGAACACACACUCCACCGCAGCCAUCUUCUGAGAAACGGCGUUUGUUCAAAGAAAAGCUACAUGAAACGCUGGAAAAGAGUGCCAGCAAAGCCAAAAAAUCUAGUAACCCUCCAAAACAGCACGCUGUUUCUGCCUCUGUUAUAAAACUGUCUUCUCGAUUCGACGUUUUGUCUGAUAAAUUUGAAGAACCUGCAGAACUAGGCAACAAAGAGGGAGCUAAGAAAGAUUAUAACUCUCAGGAGGGUUCUGAUUCUGAUUCAAUCGGCUCUGAUUCUUACUGCAAUAUGGACUAUACAGGGAUUAUUGAAGACAAUCAGGACAGCUGGAAUCUUAAACUAAUGGUAUGGAAGCCAAUGGAUGAUGGACUUGAAAAUUACAGAAGGGCUGAUGAAGGCACUGAGGUUUUAAGAUUGUCAGUCUCGGAUGGUGAAGGAAAAAAAGGCUAA